AUGAUGAUGGAAGACUCAGACAUGAACACCACUCUUCAUCUUGUCGAUUUUGUUGUAGCUUCGUUUGAUGAAACAAAUCACACAAUUAUGCGCUUUGAAUUAUUCGAUAAACUCAAGGAAAGGAUGAGAAAUGGAAAAAAACGAAUUGUAAAGCCAUUUGAAAUGAAGUUUGAACUGGUUCAUACUCUCGGAAAAGUUUCAGAAAGUGGUGACAAUUCGGAUCUAUUUCACCAUCCUUUUGAUGUAAAGAUAUCAUAUAACUUUGAAAUUAUAUUGAUAUCGGAUUCAUCAAAUGGAAAAAUCAAAGUUUUUGAUAUGUACACAAAACAAUUUAAGAAAUCAAUUCGUACGGCCGUAGCCAUGCCAAUGUAUUUAGCUGUUGAAGAAAACUACGACCAUUCGAACAGUGAUGCUAUUAUUUUUGGAUGUAAUUCUGACAGCACCAUCUUCAAAUUUGACUUGGGUAAAGAAUUAAUAUGUUCAGAUCAAGAAAAAUCGUCGCCCCUUAUCUUUGGGCUUCGACUGCUGUAA